AUGAUCGAGCAGCAGAAGCGGAAGGUGUCGGGGCCCGGCCCCGCGCCCGCCCCAGGCCCCGCUGCCGGCCCCGCGCCCGCCGCCGACCUCCCGCUCGUCCCCGCGCCGCCCAAGCGGCCCCGCCAUGACCUGCCGGGAGCGCCGCCCGCCGGGGCCGCCGGGCAGCCCGCACCCGGGGCCCUGCUGCAGGCGGGUCCACCACGCUGCUCCUCCCUGCAGGCCCCCAUCAUGCUGCUCUCAGGCCAUGAGGGAGAGGUUUACUGCUGCAAGUUCCACCCCAAUGGCAACACCUUGGCCUCUGCAGGCUUCGACAGGCUCAUCUUGCUGUGGAAUGUCUAUGGGGACUGUGAUAACUAUGCCACGCUGAAGGGACACAGUGGGGCAGUGAUGGAGCUGCACUAUAACACAGAUGGCAGCAUGCUCUUCUCAGCAUCCACAGACAAAACUGUGGCUGUGUGGGACAGUGAGACUGGAGAGAGAGUGAAGAGGCUGAAGGGCCACACCUCGUUUGUUAACUCCUGUUACCCAGCAAGGAGAGGACCUCAGCUGGUCUGUACAGGCAGUGAUGAUGGGACAGUGAAGCUGUGGGAUAUCAGGAAGAAAGCUGCUGUGCAGACAUUUCAAAACACCUACCAGGUCCUGGCUGUAACUUUCAAUGACACCAGUGAUCAGAUCAUAUCUGGAGGCAUUGACAAUGAUAUUAAGGUUUGGGACCUGCGCCAGAACAAGCUCACCUACACCAUGCGAGGCCACGCGGACUCGGUGACGGGGCUCAGCCUGAGUUCAGAGGGCUCCUACCUGCUCUCCAAUGCCAUGGACAACACAGUUCGCAUCUGGGACGUGAGACCCUUUGCCCCCAAGGAGAGAUGUGUCAAGAUUUUCCAGGGCAAUGUCCAUAACUUUGAAAAGAAUCUUCUGAGGUGCUCUUGGUCUCCAGAUGGGAGUAAAAUUGCCGGGGGAUCAGCUGACAGGUUUGUCUACGUGUGGGACACCACAUCCAGGAGGAUUCUGUACAAGCUGCCAGGCCAUGCUGGGUCAGUCAAUGAGCUGGCUUUCCAUCCAGAGGAACCCAUUAUUCUCUCUGCAUCCAGCGACAAAAGACUGUACAUGGGGGAGAUCCAGUGAAGCUGAGGGGGAGCUGGUGGGAUUCCUGCCCUCAGGAUCCUCAGGAUGUGCCCUCCAGGAGUUGGACCAACUGUCUUCUCCCCACUGCCAGCCCCCCUCAUGCCUGUGGCAGUGGCAGAGCCUUGGAGCAGCUCCCUGUGCCAAAGCCUCUCUUGCAGGCUCUCCUGGCUGUGUGCUCUCCCUGUACACAUCAUUUUCCACCUCUCCCCUUCUUUGGGGAGGAAGGGGAAUUUGGAAUUGAAAGGAAUUUGCUUCUGGCUGUCACAGGUAUUAAACCCUUCCCCAGAUCACUUGAAAUUGGUAGCAUUUGGUUAAAGUCCACAUGUGGUUUGUAUGUUCCCUGCCUGGUUUGUCUUUUUUAUACAUGGCCCAGCCUCAAUAGAUGCCUUUUUACAAGAA